CUCACUUUUAAGUUUUUUUUAUUUUUUCCCAGAGAUUAUUAUUUUAUUGCAAGACUUUAAAUGAAUCAUCAUUUUAUGUUUACUGAAAUGUGUUUGGGUUGAGGAGAGAGAAGAAAACAGAAUGGACGACUUUAGUUAGUCGGGAUCUGCUGUAAUUCUUGUUCUGUGCAGUUGAGAGUAUUGAUUGCAGUCAUGAAAGCUGAGCUCCUGCACUGCGUAUAAGCACAAAAGGCAUUUUGAACGAGAUGAGACAUGCUUCACCGGUGAACAAUGGAAAACAACAGUGUCAAGGUGUGUGCUUCUCUAGUGACCAAGGUUUGCUUAAAAACAAUUCCAGGAGAUGCAGUGGUGCAAAUGGGCUGGCAAAUGGAAAUCUCCCUCACCAGGACAGUCUACAGGAUCGCAGGACGAGGACGCCUAUGAUUUCCUAUUCAAAAUUAUCUUCAUCGGAGACAGCAAUGUGGGAAAGACGUGCAUCAUCCACAGCUUUAAGUCUGGAGAGUUUAGAGGAAAUCAGCAUAACACAAUCGGUGUAGACUUCACUGUGCACACCAUGGAUAUAGAUGGCAAGAGGGUGAAGAUGCAGAUCUGGGACACGGCUGGACAGGAGCGUUUCCGCACCAUCACACAGAAUUACUACCGCAGUGCUCAUGGGGCUAUGAUCACUUAUGACCUGACACGUCGUCCCACCUUUGACUCACUACCUCACUGGAUACAUGCAGUAGAACAGUAUGGAGUUGCCAAUGUAGUCUUUGUACUAAUAGGUAAUAAGUGCGACCUGCAGCCCCAACGACAGGUGUUGUUUGAGGACGCCUGUACUCUGGCUGAACAGAAGGGAGCUCUGGCUGCCUUGGAGACGUCUGCUAAGGAGAACCAUAACGUACAAGAAGCCUUUGAGCUAAUGGCACGAGAGCUGAUAGCACGAACUGGAGGUCUUGUCCCACGGGAAGCUCUGACAGAUUCCCCAAAUCUCCUUCUACAUACUGAGACUCACCCGAUCGAUGACGUGGAGUCUCUAGACAAGAAAUUUUGUGAUUGCUGAAAUAUUAGAUUUUAAAGAAAUGAUGCUUUCAGAGACGUCUUCAGGACUUUUAUAUCGUUCUCUAAACACGAGCAUUAACUGUAUUAGUAAAGGGACUUAUGGUUCAGAGGAGAAAUGAUGACAGAUACUCCAACACAUUGUCCAACACUUACUACAUAAUGUCUCAGACUGUACACACACACACACACACGGGGUAAUAUACGUAUUAUAUGUUUAAUUUAUAUUUAACUUAUAAAUUAACUUAAACAUUUUGUGUUCUUUUCUCGUGUUAAUGAGAAAUAAAGUGAAGAAAUGUUUA